CGAAACUGACAUCCGGGAUAUUUUCAAGAUGUCUGCCUCCAGGUGCGGGGAUUGCCACUUCUGACUGUCUUUUUCUUUGACGCGAGGAUUGAAACACAACUGACAGCUCCAUCCUGUCCUGAUAAUUCUACUGUUACAAGAACGAGUGUAGUAUGAGCAUUUGGAAAAGAAUCCCGCAUGGUGUGCUGCUGCACAUAUUUUCCUACCUCCCUGGUCUAGAUAUCAUACAAGCUGGGCUAGUCUGUAAAGACUGGUAUAAAAUCUCGCAGGAUGAAUUCUUAUGGAGAGAGAUUGUAUGUUGUAAAUGGAAUGUCAAAGGGAGUCCCUCACUACCAGAGGGCAUCCCCUCCUGGAAGGAUGAGUAUCGCCGGCUGUUCUAUCAUGUUCCUGACAUUUUGAGUGAAGAGCUCACCCAACACACUGAUGAGGUGCUCUAUGUCUCUUUUGCUCACUGCGGAAAAUUUUUUGCCACCUCUUCAAAAGACGGGCACGUUAAGGUUUGGAGUGCUGAAUACCCCAUCUCUUUGAAAUAUAACAUCAAUGUGCGCGACACAACCAUGAAAUUUCCGCAGUUCUCCAAGUUCAACCAUGAUGACAGCUUAAUACUCGCUGUCGGGCCACAGUCCAAUGAAUUUGAUGGGAUUAUUGUGGUCUAUAAUAUAAAAGCAGCCGGUGAUCAUUUACAAGUACCCCAGUUGGUGUGGUUCUAUCCCAACUCUCCAUUUGACAUGUAUGGCGACUUCUAUCUGUCUCCAUACUUGGACCAGGAGUUUAUGUUAACUGGGGAGCUUGGGUGGUCAGCCAAUAACUCCUCACAGGUCUUUGUGGCCAAGGUGAAUAAAGAUGAAAAGUUUGACUUUGAAAUGUCGGACUGGCAGCAGAGGAGAGUGAUGUUCUGCUACAGUGAAGGUUUUGCCUCCAGGUAUCUGAUGUUUGCCGAUUGUCAUGAAGAUGAAGCUGCCUCAAAGAAAUCCAAACAAGAAACAGAAAGUUCCCUAGAUGCAUCGUGCAACAUGGCUGUAUCUCGUGAUCACCAUAGUAACAGGAAACAGAGGCUGGGACCGGAAGUAGACUUUAAGGAUAUUCAUAUACAUUUACACACAGGAGAUGAGCAGCUGCAAGCUGUUGGGGGCAAUUCCUUUUAUCUGAGUCACUUUGAAAACAAUGCAGGUCAUGCGGACCUAGAUCCAACUCAGAUUGACUCACAUUCAGGACACAGUGACCCAAAUUCAGGGCAACGUGACCUUCAUUCAGGACAGGUUGACCUUGUUUCGGUUGAUAAUAGGCAGGAAUUGGCAAAAGAGGGUGCUGAUUUAGGAGAGGAUAACAGAAAUUACCUAUUUCAUUUAUAUUUUCAAGAAGAGCAUGGAAAUAAAGAUGCAUCCCAAAUUGAUGAAUCCACAUCUCAACUUAACAGAGAGGUGAGCAAUCCUUCUGGUGGCAGCGGAUGGGAAAGGGAUGUGGUCCAGACAGUGCCACCAUCUUGUGGUGAUGUUCAUGACACAGAUUGGGGAAAUUACAUGCCAGCGUGUACAGAAGGCCCAUCUGAUCCAUCAGUAUCGGAGGUCAGUCAUGAUGCCCAAACAGACUCAUCUAUUAAUCAGUAUGGCCUUGCAGGGUCACAGUUAGACCAGAGGCAGGCUGUGGAAAAAGAUGUUAAAAUUAACGGAGAAGACAUAAGGCAGCAUUUGGGUUCAGAACAGGAUUUUCUUGGCUGUUUGGAACGUGAGGACUCGGAUGACAGCUCCAUAGAUGAACUGACACAAGAUGAGCUGGCCAGGCUGUACUGGCAGCGGAGAGACGCCAUGAAAAGUAAUCAAAAAUAUCUGAUCUUCACAGCUGGGACGCAGGGGUUUGUGCCGCAUCAAAUUGGUAUAAAGAAAAUAGACGUUGGAGUCGAGACGGGAUUGUACUUGGACGGGGAGCUAAUUCACUUCUUGGAGGAAGAUUCCUCUCCUGAUUACAUGUUCCAAAUGAAGGGACAGAUUAUAGGACUUUGUUUAUCUCCAGACCAAAGAUUUCUUUAUGUGAACAUCCGUUCCUGGCGAUCAGACAGCCACCUGGUGAGGGAUGACACUUGGAUACCCCCAAUAAAAGAAGAGAUAGACAUGCAUGUAAUUGACCUUGUCAAGAUGAAGGACAUUGGGGUUCUCUACAAAGGUCAUCGGGGGUUUACGCCAAGUGAAGACUGCUUUUACAUAUUUUUGGAUGUUUGUGAUAAAUAUGUAGCUAGUGGAUCAGAGGACAAACAUGCAUACCUAUGGGACAGAAACUACUAUUGUAAAUUGGCCAAACUCCCUCACGACAACGUGGUGAACUGCGUUGCCUUCAAUCCUGUGGACAGAGAGAUGCUGGUGACUGUUAGUGACGAUUUUAAGGUCAGAGUCUGGAGGUCAGGUAUCAGGGAAAGAGAGCUGAAAGGUGACCCCUGGCCUAGAAAAGAGACUGCAGUUUAGAUGUUUUACAGUUGGUAAUAAGUCCAAGGUCAAGGACAGAAAAAAAGGUCUGCGUGACCCAAAAAAGACUAAAUUCUUUGCUACAUAGCCUAUUAAACAUGCCUAUUAAACAUACAAAGAAUCAGCUUUGUUUUACUGGAUAAUAAUUUUGUUUAUUAUAUUAAGCCACUUAGUUUUGAGAGUUGUAGUCCGAAAAGGGCAAUUUUGAAAAACAAAAAAUAAAAUCCCAUAAAUUAUAACAAGUUAAUCAGUUAUAUGGCAUUGCUACAAAAUUUAGUUGUCAUAUGUAUUGAGUAAUUUACAAUAUGAAGAAGUAUGGGCUAAAACAUCCCCAUAAU